UCGAAAUAAAAGGACAACAAAAAGUUGCGCUGAAAAAAUCGGCAGUGAAUAAAGAAGAAAGAAAAAAAAUGGCAGAAAAGUGUUCAUCGCCAUCAGUGCCGUUGUUAUCGGUGAUCGCCACUUGUUUUUGCGUGGUGGUCUUCGCCGCCAGCGGGGUUCUGGGCACGGAUAUCCCGGGCCCGACGCCGACCCCUUGGGGCGACUUUGGCAACUGGGGCAUGUGCGAUCCCGGGUUCGCCGUGGUCGGGUUGCGACUGGCCACAGAAGACCCCCAGGGUGCCGGGGACGACACGGGACUCAAUGAUGUCGAGCUGCUGUGCAGACAGCGUUGGGGCAAGAACACGGAGGUCGUCGAGGUUCCCAGGGCCCACGGGAAAGCCCCGGGUUUUGGUACUUGGAAGGACGCCUUUGGAUGUUCGUCCAAUCGGGACGCCGUUGCCAUCGGAAUCGAGUUGAAAAUUGAAGGGAAGCAAAACGGUGGCGAUGACACAGGAGCAAACAACAUCAACCUUUUCUGCUCCAAUGGCGAAAAGGUCGACGGGAACGGGUCAAAAUGGGGCAAAUGGAGGGAACCCAUGAUGUGCCCAAAUUUCGGACUGGAUGACACGGCCGUGAACACGGUCGACAUCAGGUGUUGCUGAAGACCAUCAGAAUACGAAGUCGUACAUAUUUUGCUGCGGAAACAAUAAUAAAAUUGCUUGCCAAAAACUAAUAAAAAA